CCCUCACCACCAGCCCUUCACGUCAACUCGCUCUCCACUCUGUCAAGAUGAGCUUCGUUACUAGGCGCGCUCUCUCGACCCUUAUUCCUCCCAAGGUUGCUUCUCCAAGCGCCGUCGGCUCUUCCCCCAAUGCUGCCCGCAUGCAGCGAGUGGUGAGCUUCUACGAGAAGCUUCCACGAGGCCAGGCGCCAGAGAUCAAGCCCAAGGGCCUGCUGCAGAGAUACCAGCACCGAUACAUGGGCAAGAACUCAUCAGCGUUGCCUAUCAUCCACGCCAUCGGGGCCAUGAUGCUCAUUGGUUAUGCGCAGAACUACUACUUCCAUCUGCGUCACCACAAGAACAACGCCCACUAGAAUCGAGUAUCGUGACUUGGCAGUUGGGGCGGCGGAGGAAGGGUGAUGGGACUGUAAAUAUAUGUCUGAACAGCAUUCAAUCGAAGGCCCGGCC